AUGUCUCAAGUAAAAGAAUGUCUACAGAGAUCAUACGAAUGUUCGAAAGUACCAAAUGGCAUUCCCAAAGCCUGUUUGCAGAAAGUUGAAAAAAAAAAUUGCGAAUUUCAAAAGGCAAAGACUUGCCAGACUCUAAAGAAUCGGUUCAAGUACGUGCAGCCUUGUCGACGGACUUUGUGCAAACCAACCUCGCAACCGGCCUUGUGUAAAACGCCGUUCACCGACGACACCGUAUACACUCAUUCGUACUACGAACAUGACGUGUGUGAAAAUCGGCAGAAACCCUUCACGCACAAGGAUCACUUGGUCAUGGCCGGAAAAUUUCAAGACCAAACGUCUCAGAGGAUGAGUUAUCCGGUACAGUGUAUAUCGACGGUACAGAAAGUCGUGCCCAAGGACAGUUGUCUGGGGUUCGAGGGACCGAUGCGGUUGACCACCACCCAGAAACACGAUUAUUACGUGCCUUGCAGCAACGACGGCUACGGACGUGGCAAGAAAUUCGUACAGCCCGACAACCUGGUGGUCGGUUCUGACUGUCCGAUGUCGAGGCUCACCACGAGCUACUGUUCGUAUCAGCCUGUGUGCGGGAAGCGAGAGAACAAUUUUAAACCGAACAAAUGUUAUACCGUUCCCGUGGACAAAAUGGACCUAAACACGACUCACAGGUCUAGCUACAAGGUAACAGAACAACAGGAAAAAAUCCAAACACCGUGGGCUGCAAAACUAGGCUAUUGCAAACCGGAAAACUCUAUGGAACAAUGUACGAUGUACAACUACAGUUACAAGGAACCGGGUGCGUACAUGUAUAAGGAUGAUUGUGGUGAUACUGUUAAUAUCAUGGCGGACAGUGAUUUAGCCAAAAACUGUUGUCCGUUCACGUGUCUGGCUGACGGUGUAGAUAGUGAAUUUAAAUCAACAUUUACGAAAGCACAUCAUUUUGGUGAUUAG